AUGUCUAACCUCGCCAGGCAUGGCGAUGAUGAUCUUGGCUUUGAGGCAGACUCGGAGUUUGGGAGCGCGUACGACGAGUACGAGUAUGACGAGUACAGCUGCAGCGAGUAUGGCUACGAGUACGGGGAUGGAGACGAUGACCAGCUAGCAGAGGCUUACCCGCGCGCACUGCCGCUGGAGCUGGAGCACGCGCUCGUCGGUCUGAUGGUGGACGUGCAGCAGGUGGCACGGUGCGCGUUUCGCGGCGUGGGCUCGCGGGCGCGGGCGGUCACCUGGGGCGUCCUCGCCGGGCUGUUGCCCAAGUGGCACGGCGACCGGCCGGCGGCGCUGGCGAACCAUCACCUGGGCUACGUAUAUGCCGUAGAGGCUGCAGCUGUGCGCCUCGCGCCGUCGGUCAUGGACCGCAUCGACACUGAUGUCGAGCGGACCCUGCCACGGGCGUGCGUCUUUAGCCGCCCACCACUCUCGAUAUCUCUUGCCCGCAUGCUGCGGGUCUACGCUCACGCUCGAGCCGACGGCCAGUACGUGCAGGGCAUCUCCGACCUCGCGGGUCUCAUGCUGGUGCAGUACCUGGCGUCGGUUUCGCGGGCAACGUCAGGCCCACACGCAGACGCGCUUGCCGCCGCACAGCCUGUGCUCUGGUGGGCAUCCAUUGGCGAGCUGGCCGCCUCGGUCCCGCUCGAGUUCCUCAUGGCCGUUGAGGCCGAGGCCUUUGCCUGCCUCGACUCGCUGCUCGCCGCCUCGGGCCUUCGUGGCCUGUACACGCCCACCCAGCCACGGGUUCUGGAGCUCCUCGACGCUGUCGACGUCCUCCUCGAAAACGAGCUCCCCGCCCUCGCUGCAGCUCUUGCGGCGCGUGGCAUCUCUUCGCCGCUCUACGCCCACCGCUGGAUCGCGUGCCUCUUUGCCCGCGAGCUUCCUGUCGGCGUCCUCGGUCCGAUCUGGGACGCCCUCUUUGCUUACCGUGCGCUCGAAGCCAACCGUCUCGGAGCCUUUGUCGUUGCCCUCUGCAUCGAGCUCCUCCGAAUGUACGGCAAGCCUCUCCUUGCCCCUGACCUCACGUUUGAGGCCGCCAUCCAUCACCUGCAGCAUCUCCCGCUCGACUCGUGGGGCCCUGCCGACGCCGUCCGCUUUACCGCCCGCGCCGCUGCCGCCGAGGCCAUCCGCCACCGUGCCCACUUGCUCGUCGAAGCCGAAGCCGAAGCCGAUCCCAGCCCCGACCCUUGA